CAAUUCGUAUAAACUGUCCGUGAAGCGGCCUUUUUCUGCUACUCUCCUGCUUUCUCUCUCUAGAAAGUCUCUUUUCUGUACCUGGUCGCGUUUUUUUGGCGAUCUCCAUUUUCUCGGUUCUUGCGAUUUUUCCUCUCUCCUGAGUCCUGAUAUUGAACUUGUCAUCCGUUAUCUGUUUCUACCCCCCUUUUCUCUCUCUAUCCUCUCCACUUUCUCUCUCUACCUGCUCCGUUCUCUUCUUUGACCAAUCAACGAGCUAUACUUUAUCCUCCAUCGUACUUUACAUUGUAAUACUGUGAAUUCUCUUGAUUCCUUCGUGUUUUUGAUGCAUUUGUUUGUUGUUGUGGAUUGAUUCCAGUUUCGAUCUGUCGGGGAGGGCUUCAUUUUUUUGCAAUUGCAGUGCUCUGGUUUCAUUUCAGAGCUUCAAUCUUCGAAUUGGGCUGUGUUAGCUGGAAAUUGAGUUUGGGAAAUUGAUCACGGGUUCGGAUAAAGUGGAAGAUUUGCUCGCGGAUUCGUUGGUUCAGUGUUGUUCGACGGGUUUGAUCUUCUGUUUUGGGUUCGGUAGAGAGAGAAAAGCAGUUGGAUUUUGCAACUAGAAAAUAGAAAAAGGCAAGAGUUUCUGUAGAUCUGCUAUUUAUCUUCUACACUUUCUGAACUUUUUCAUAUUUUUUUCAUUAUUAAGAAAAAGAAGAAAAAAAAAAAAGCUACUUUGAGAUUCUAAUUAUUUUAAGGGUUGAAUGAUUUGUAAUUGAAUUUGAGUAGCACAAUUUGUGAGAGUUGGAUGUGAAUUGGUGUUUCAUUUGACAAUUAGACCGUGAAAUCAAAAGGGUUUACAGGAUUUUUGUUAUAAGUGUUGUGACGGAUCCGUCUAGUGAAAACAGGGGUUGUGAUUGUCUGGCUGGUCUGGAGUGCAUACUAAAUAUUAUCAGGGCCCUCAGGAUGGGGUCCUGCUUGUCCACUGAAAGCAGGAGCCCUCUCCCCGGUUCUCCGACGUCUGCUCUGGGGGUUAGGAAGAAGAAGACGUCAAAGAAAAGACCCGGUUCUCGGAAUUCUUCCUUUGAUUAUAGGAGGGAAGAACAGCUGCACAGAAUUCCAGGCAGAUUGUUCUUGAAUGGGUCUAGCGAAGUCUCUUCGCUUUUUACCCAGCAAGGCAGAAAAGGGACCAAUCAAGAUGCCAUGAUUGUUUGGGAGAAUUUUUGUUCAAGGACCGACACAGUCUUUUGUGGUGUUUUCGAUGGCCAUGGUCCCUAUGGUCAUUUGGUUGCAAAGAGAGUGAGAGAUUCUCUACCCUUGAAACUAAGUGCACACUGGGAAGUUAAUAUAAAGAGUGAUGAUGUUCUAAAAGAAAUCAGCCUUAAUACCACAGGCAGCAUGAACUCUGAAGAUACUUCUUUUAUAUCUGCUGAGGAUGAAUCCAGGGCUUCCAUUGAUGUUGAAGAAACAGAAAAGCUCCCAGAUCUCUUUCAGACAUUGAAAGAGUCAUUUCUGAAAGCUUUUAAAGUUAUGGACAGGGAACUGAGAAUGUUCACGAAUAUUGAUUGCUUCUGUAGUGGGACAACAGCAGUUACACUGGUGAAACAGGGUCAGGAGCUUGUGAUUGGAAAUGUUGGUGACUCUAGAGCUGUACUGGCUACGAGAGAUAAAGACGAUUCUCUUCUUGCAGUUCAGUUAACAGUGGAUCUAAAGCCAAACCUUCCAGCGGAAGCAGAGAGGAUCCGGAAAUGUAGAGGCCGUGUGUUUGCCCUUCAGGAUGAACCAGAAGUUUCCCGAGUUUGGCUUCCAAACAAUGACUCUCCUGGUCUAGCCAUGGCACGUGCUUUUGGAGAUUUCUGCCUCAAGGAUUUUGGUCUUAUCUCUGUGCCCGAAAUUUCUUAUCGGCGCCUGACAGAGAAGGAUGAGUUCGUAGUCUUGGCUACAGAUGGGAUUUGGGAUGUGCUCACAAACAAAGAAGUGGUGGACAUUAUAGCUUCUGUCCCAGCACGUUCAACUGCAGCUCGGACCCUGGUUGAGACUGCAGUUCGUGCUUGGAGGUGCAAAUACCCAACUUCUAAAGUCGAUGAUUGUGCUGUAGUUUGCCUCUUCCUCGACUCAAACACAAACAAUUUAUCUACAGCUUCCAUUGCUAAACCAAAAGAGAUGGUUUCAGUGGAACAAGUUGACAUUGGGUGUGGGAAAGAUGAUCCCUCUAGCCCUACAGGACUGGAACGUUCUGGAACUGUUCGAACUGGCAAGGAAAUUGUUGCCGAAGGGAGCAAAGAGGAGGAACCCUCAAAGCAUGAUGAGGAGGAAGAAGUAUAUGCAGAGUCAGGAAUAGAGUGGUCCGCUCUCGAAGGAGUGUCUCGUGUAAAUACAAUGGUGAACUUGCCGAGGUUCGUGCCUGGUGGGAAAGAAGAGAAGAAAGCUUCCGGGGAGACAAAGGCUCGGAAAUAAUGGAAGACAAAAGAAGGUUCAGUUUGGGUUUUGGUUUCUCAAUUAAUUUCCAUUCCAUUUUUGUUUAAGCUUUGUCUCUCUGGUUUAUGUUUUCCUUUUUUAUUAUUCUUCACAUGGUGAAAAAUGUAGGGCCAUUGUUGUUUAUUCUGGUUCGGAGAGGUGGGCCGGGCUGUAUUAGUGUGUCUGGGAAAUCAUCCUCUUUCUCUCUCUAGUGUGGAAGAAUUGGAAUUUUGUAGAAUCCAACUCUCCGUGAUUUUUUUUUGCCUUCAAUUCUUCUGUCAAAUUUGUUGGUUUAUUGCCUUGAUAAUAAUUUGUGGUUAUGAAGUA